GGUGAUGACGAGGUGAAAAUGGCGGAUCUUUCGAAAUACAAUCCCGGCCCCUGACAUACCAGAGGCGGCGACCGCGGCGACGUCGCCGCCGGGGCUUGCUCCCCAGCCCCCGGGGUACCCUGCAGCGCUCCAGUCCGGGCCAAGUGGGGAAGGAGACGGGCCGGCCAGAGCCACCGUGUCAGGCAAGCAAGCAGUGCCCGCACGGCUCGGGAUUGCCCGGGACCUUCUGGAUACCCCAUCUCGGAACCGAAGGAGGAGAAAGCGGCCGUCGCUUGGAGCACCUGAUCAACUUUCUAGCAGGAGAACGAUCAUGGAGGUGGUGCCAGCUGAGGUGAAUAGUUUGCUUCCAGAGGAGAUAAUGGACACUGGUAUAACUUUAGUGGAUGAUGAUAGUAUUGAGGCUGUUAUUGUUUCAUCCCCAAUUCCCAUGGAGACAGAACUGGAAGAAAUUGUCAACAUAAAUUCUACUGGUGACUCUACAACCACGCCCAUUUCCACGGAGCCAAUCACAGUGUACAGUAACCACACUAACCAAGUUGCAGUCAACACCACAGUUACUAAAGCAGAUUGUAAUACCACAGUGAAACCAGCUUUUCAAAGUGGCCUUCAAAAACUUGGUGCUCAGACUCCUGUGACUAUAUCAGCCAAUCAGAUCAUUUUAAACAAAGUAUCACAGACAUCUGAUCUUAAACUUGGCCAUCAGACCCUUAAACCAGAUGGACAGAAGUUAAUUUUAACAACUUUGGGCAAGUCUGGUUCACCAAUUGUUUUAGCACUACCCCAUAACCAACUGCCCCAGGCUCAAAAAGUUACAACUCAGGCACAGUCAGGAGAUGCUAAGUUGCCACCGCAGCAGAUUAAAGUAGUAACCAUUGGAGGGAGGCCAGAGGUGAACCCUGUCAUUGGUGUCUCGGCACUGACCCCAGGAAGUCAACUGAUUAAUACUACAACUCAGCCCUCUGUGUUACAGACCCAACAGUUAAAAACAGUGCAGAUUGCUAAGAAGCCUCGAACACCAACUUCUGGCCCAGUAAUCACGAAGCUGAUCUUUGCAAAACCAAUUAAUAGUAAAGCAGUUUCAGGACAGACAACUCAAGUAUCACCACCAGUCAUUGCAGGUAGGGUUCUUUCACAAUCUACUCCUGGAACUCCAUCAAAGACCAUAACAAUAUCUGAAAGUGGUGUUAUUGGAUCAACUUUAAAUUCUACAACACAGACACCAAAUAAAAUAGCCAUCUCACCUUUGAAAUCGCCAAAUAAGGCAGUAAAGUCAGCUGUCCAGACCAUCACUGUUGGAGGAGUGAGCACAUCCCAGUUUAAGACCAUCAUUCCUCUGGCCACCGCUCCCAAUGUCCAGCAGAUCCAAGUGCCUGGAAGCAAGUUUCAUUAUGUGCGACUUGUCACUGCCACGACAGCCAAUAGCGCCACCCCGCCCGCCAGCCAGAACCCCAGCACAAAUACGCAGCCUCUCCAGCAAGCAAAGCCAGUGGUCGUUAAUACAACCCCGGUACGGAUGUCUGUUCCAAUCGUUCCGGCUCAGACUGUCAAGCAAGUUGUUCCCAAGCCAAUCAAUCCAAGUUCACAAAUUGUGACCACUAGCCAGCCCCAGCAGCGGUUGAUCAUGCCUGCCACACCACUGCCACAGAUCCAGCCCAAUCUCACCAACCUGCCACCAGGCACUGUCCUGGCACCUGCUCCGGGAACAGGAAAUGUGGGUUACGCAGUGCUUCCAGCUCAGUAUGUUACUCAGCUCCAGCAGUCUUCCUACGUGUCCAUAGCGAGCAACUCAAACUUUACCGGCACAUCUGGUGUCCAGACCCAGGCAAGGCUCCCGUUCAAUGGCGUAAUCCCAUCGGAGUCUGCAAGUCGGCCCAGAAAACCCUGUAAUUGUACAAAAUCCCUAUGCUUGAAAUUAUAUUGUGAUUGUUUUGCAAAUGGUGAAUUUUGCAACAACUGCAAUUGUACUAAUUGUUAUAACAAUUUGGAACAUGAAAAUGAAAGGCAAAAAGCAAUAAAGGCAUGCCUUGACAGAAAUCCAGAAGCCUUCAAGCCGAAGAUAGGGAAAGGAAAGGAGGGAGAGUCGGAUCGACGUCAUAGCAAAGGAUGUAAUUGCAAGCGAUCAGGAUGUCUUAAAAACUACUGUGAAUGCUAUGAGGCUAAAAUAAUGUGUUCCUCAAUAUGCAAAUGUAUUGGCUGUAAGAAUUUUGAAGAAAGCCCUGAGAGAAAGACGUUGAUGCACUUGGCAGAUGCGGCUGAGGUCCGGGUGCAGCAGCAAACUGCAGCCAAGACCAAGUUAUCCUCCCAAAUUUCGGACUUGCUCACCAGGCCAGCACCAACUUUGAAUAGUGGAGGAGGAAAGUUGCCCUUCACGUUUGUAACCAAGGAGGUUGCAGAAGCCACGUGUAACUGCCUCCUUGCCCAGGCGGAACAGGCCGACAAGAAGGGAUCGUCCAAGGCAGCCGCAGAGCGCAUGAUCCUGGAGGAGUUUGGCCGUUGCUUGAUGAGCGUCAUCAGCUCUGCGGGGAAAGCCAAGAGUGAUCCUUGUGCCAUGCACUGCUAACCCCGCCCAAGGACUCGUCAGUGCCACUGUGCAGGACGUAUAAGGUGCAGGGACACUUGGUUUUCUGGCACAUAGUUCAGCAAUUACUGUAUUUUAAUUUGGUCCUUAUUUUUAAGAGAUCUGAAAUUAUAACAUUGAAAGCAAAGAUUUUAAAUGAAGAAAUUAGUGCAUUUUAAAUCUUGGUUAAAUCUGCUUAUGCCCCUUCUAAAUUGAAUUUUUCUUUGUUGUAUGAUAGAUUUUUAACUUGCUUGGGUUUCCUGAGAUUUAGAUGUUCUCUCCUUCUGAUUCUAUUGACAAAGAGCAUUUAUAAAUUACUACACUAUAAUUUAUACUGUAUGGCGUCGUAUCACUUUGUUCAGUAGGAAAAGCCAACGCAGCCUGAGCCUUACCCCGUCAUUCUUUGGUACUAGAUGUAGACCACAUACAGAUGGACUAUCUAUAUCAACAACAUUACAGGAAAUGUAUGCUAAUCAUAGGCUGUGUUGACAAAAGUACUGUUAUUUUUAAGAAUUAGCUUUUUAGGGCAGAUUCUAAAAUAAUCUGUUGUCAUUUUGGGAUUCUCAGAAGGGAAGCAGUUCCUAGGCACACUUUUAAAAUAAGUUAAAAAAAAAACUAUAAAACCUUAAGGAACAGUAAAUCUCAAUUCUGGCAUUGUGUUUCUAGAUAAAUAUUACAGAGCGUCUUCAUUUUCUUUCCAUGAGGUGGUAUGUUUUUGAGAUGCUAAGAAAUUGUCAGAGUGAUUACUGGGUUCCAUGAAAAUGAAAGGUGCUUGUGAAUAAAAGUAGGGAUAUUUUUAUUAUAUAAUGACAUAAAACCUCACAUGAAGUAUAUAACUUGGCUUAGAUGGAUAAAUAAGGAAUAUUGACAUUGAGAGAGAUGAAUUUAGGGGAGGAAUUUUCCAUCUCUACAAACUUACUUGUAGGCUUCUGAGUUCCAGCGGUUUCAAACCACUUCCUGGAUUUGCUGAACCAGCCUCCUAACAAAGCGUUCGCCAUUACAGUGGCAUUUCUUCCGUAAGGAAAUUUUUAAUUGUGGCAUCAUUUUCUAGUUAGUGAUUUGUAAAGUUGAGGGUGAUGAGGGAAGGAAUUAUUUAAAUCAUUUUUAGAAAUUCAGAUUUCAAAAGCCAUGAAUUUAGGAGGCUAUUAUAGUAGGCCUCUUGAUUUUGUGACAAGAAAAAAAUCAUGUUGUAAUUGAGGGAUAUUUUUUUUUUCUGUUACCUUAAUUCUCAGUGAUGAUCGGUGUGUGAUUAUACCGCUUCCUGCAAGGACUCUGUAGGUGUAUGUAUUCUGUAUAUAUGUUCAUAUGGACAUUCAAGAUAUAGGAAAUAGCUUAAGUAAUCUGAAAAAGGACUCCGUUAUUCAUUAAAAUAUCUUCCUUUUGAAGUCAGGAUUUAUAAAAUUAUAGUGCAGUAACUCUAAAUGUAGAUAGUGCAAAUAUUGUUAGCACCUCGAUCAUAGUCUGUUUAAUUAAAAUUUGUAUAAAUGUAAAUUAGUGUAAGAGGAUAAAAUAUCUAAUCAAGUUAUUUUUCAAAAGAUUGCAAUAAGUUUUUGGUCUAAACCUAAACUUUGUUCAUUUUGUACAUACUCUGUGUUAAUUCUAAUUGUCCUGUUGUGAUGUGUAUUUAUAUACAGUGUGCAGAAAGUGUUUGUGAAAUUUCAACUGCAGUUGUAGAUUAUGUAUGAUGGCAUUGCUUGAGAAUGUUUUGCUUGUAAAAAUUUGAAGGUGCAAUCAAAUGCUAUUAGUUUUUCUGAUUUUUCAAGAAGCUAUCUAAGUAUUAAGCCUUUUCCUUCCUGGGUAGUUCCUACUAAAUGACUUUUUGUAUUUAGGCAUUUGCAUCAAAUUGCUGAACAAGAUUAUAAACCACAUUAACUCAACAAUUUUAAAAGACUUUUUGGGGAGGGUUGGGUAUAUAAUUUUUUAGCUCUAUUUACACCCCAAAGUAGAAAAAUUAAAUUUAUAUUUACUAGAGCUAUUCAAAGAAUACACUUUUCUAUAUUGUAAAAACAGGACAGUGAAAAAAAUCAUACAGAAAAAAUAAACAUUUAUACUAUUCUGUAAAAAAAAAGGUUUUGCAU